AUGCCUUCCAUUAUGCUUGAUGAAAAAUUAAUCACCCCGGAAAUUGUUUCUUCAUGGCUUUGCCCAAUUUAUGAAAAUAAUGUCCCGAAUGAGAACAAAAAUGACUAUAAUACGCCAGCACGAAACGUAUUGUUAAAAAGAGGAAAUAAAAGAAUUGCACCCAACUCCCCUCCUAAAAUUGAGUUGGAUACAAAUGUUACGCGCGGCGAUGUACGUGGCAUAAUACAGGAGGCUAUGGAAACCAACUUCGACAGCUUGGUGACUAAAUUCAAUAGCAUGUUGGUGUCUGCAUUGAACUUCAAACUGUCACCGAUUGAAAAAGAAAUAGCGGAGAUUAAAACAUCAAUGUCAUUCAAUUUUAUGAAAAAUGUUAAGGGAGCAGGAGAAAACAAAAAACAAAUUAAUGAAAUUCAAAAGGAAAAUUAA